AUGGACAACUCUUCAGUACCAUCCCAUCAUCUGAACUGUGCUCUAAACCAACAUUGUUUUACUUUGCACCAGUGUAGCUACCCACAUUCAGAGGGUUACAGCAGUCUUUCUCCAACAUCUUCCACAGAAUCCUGUGGCCUCUCCCCUCCAUAUAUGACAUGCCGAACACCUCAGGACACUUGUGACAAUAUUUCUGCAUGUAAUACUCAGAUAGAAGGUUUACAGAUGGACUCUGCAUGUGCUUCAAAUGGGAAGAACAAGAAGGGCAAGGUUAAGCUGGCACAUAGUCAACGACAGAGUGCCAGCGAGAGGGAGAAAUUGCGAAUGAGGACUAUCUCUAAAGCUCUGCAGAACCUCAGAAGAUAUCUUCCACCUUCAGUGGUCCCGGCUGACAAAAAUCUUACAAAAAUAGAAACCCUUCAACUGACGAUCCGCUACAUCUCGCAUCUUUCUGCGCAGCUAGGACUCAGUGAAGAAGUUCUGGAGCAACGAAGAUUGGCAGCAAUACAGGGGACUAACAGAAGCCUAGAUAAUCAUAUCAGCCAUAUGGACCAAAAUCACAGAGUUUCUUGGGAGGAAACUGAACAAACCUACAAGUCAGUUUCAUGCGCAAGCCCAGUGAUUGAAACAGAACAUUUUCCAGUUGAUAAUGAGGUACAGAAUACGCAAGGAAGUCGCCCGAUGCUCUGUCAAGUGCCGCAGACAUCAAAAGUGGAAUCCGGUCCUCCACUAUAUCAAUAUCCAGCAAUAAACACAUCUUUGGCCCAGUCUGAAAAUCCGUAUUAUGGCACAGACUUUCAGGAAAUGGUAAGCAGGAAAAUUAUAUAG